AUGCCCAACGCGCCUCCCACCCCCGAGACAGCUCGCUUCCUGGAGGUCAAUGACAAUUGUUGGAUCAUCGACCAUCUCAUGGUAACCCGCCAUCAACACAAGCGGAUCCAGCCUUGCUGGCCAGAUGGUGAGGGGGGCUUCUUCUCAAUCGACGACGCCCCUACUCUUACACCGCCCACUCGGCCACCUUCGCAUGUCUGUCCCAUCAGUGAUGCUGGCAAUCAAUUUCCUGGCAGUCUUACCUGGAAAAUCGGUCUCGCCCACCUCCGUAUCGAUUUCAACAAUUUAGGAACGUCAGAGCAUGUCACUUUGGAGACCCUGGCGAAGAGGUCUCUCGGCUUUCAAAUCCCCCAGGUUUACUACCACAAACACCUUGGGAACUCAUAUUCCAUCGUCUUCAGUGAUCUGCCGGGCAAUCCACUUAUUAAAGCAUGGCCAACGGCCAACCAAGCCGCGAGGACUAGGUGGACGCAGCAAAUUGCCGAGGCCUAUCACGAACUAUCCAAGUGGCGUGGCGAUCGCAUCUGCGCCGUUGAUGGCGGCAACCUGCAAUGUUUUUGGCUCAGUUCAACUACUCCAUCUGUCCCAGGCUCGUACAACCCAGAAGUGCUUCGAGCGAACUGCGAGGAGAUGGGACUCGACUGCUCUGAACUAGUCUUCGCCCACAACUACAUGAUGCCACUCUCCUUUACGGUUGAUGAAGUCCAAGGGUUAGUGGGUAUUUGCAGGUGGGAGAUGGCCGGUUUCCUCCCCAGGGACUGGAUCCGUACAAUGACACGAGCGAACUCGUUUACCCAGUCUUGGCAGGCGGUCAAGUCUUCGUGGUCUGAAUCAGACAUCGACGAUUUCGGAGACAAGAUUGAGAGUGCCCUGAAGGAUAAGGGCUUCAAAGAGUUUUGGUUGAACGAAUGUAGAUGGAGGGGGGAGAAAAAUCGGAGGCAGAAGCAGGAGGAAGCCAAUCGUCUUCAACCUCCAACUGUUUAG